AUGGCGGCCCCCACGCGGCCCUGGAGCCCUGAGGAGCUCCGCGGAGACGCCCUGCCCAGGAAGGAGAUUGUCUGCUUCCUGCAGGAGCAGGCAGUGCACAAGUUCCUGUCAGAGCACAAACUACUAGGACAGAUAAAAAAUGUGACCAAGACAGCCAGUAAGGAGCAGCUGAUCAUGGCAUAUAACGAGCUAUUUGAAACCAAGAGAUUUCAUGGUACUGAGAGUCCAGAGCAUGUAGCAGAGCAAGUGAAAAAUGUCAAAAUUGAUGAGGAGAAGCCCAAGGAGACAAAGCCUGAGGAAGCUGUGGAUGAGGGCCCCCCAAAAUAUACAAAGCCAGUACUGAAGAAGGGGGAUAAAAUCAACUUUCCCCAAAAGGGUGAUGUCGUUCAAUGUUGGUAUGCAGGGAAGCUGCAAGAUGGAACAGUCUUCGAUAGUAAUAUUCAAACAAGUUCAAAGAAAAAGAAAGCUGCAAAACCACUGAGCUUCAAAGUCAGCAUUGGAAAAAUGAUAUGA